CUGACUGGAAUUAAUUUAUUUGCCUUUAUAAAAGGUAUGAAAAUGGCUCCUGCAAACUUAGCAAUAGGAAUUUUUCUCUUCUCCCAGACUACAGUGGGCAUGCUUGGCAAUUCCUCAAUACUAUUUUAUUAUGUCAUUUUGAUAGUCAAUAGGAAACAUUUAAAGCCUAAAGACCUGACUAUAGAGCAUUUGACUUUUGCCAACUGCUUGUCCCUCAUCACAAAAGGCAUUCCUUGGACGAUGGCACAUUUUCAGUUUAAGGAUUUCCUAGGUAACACUGGAUGUAAAUUGAUAGUGUAUAUUUACCGAAUUGCAAGGGGGGUGUCCCUGUAUGCCAUGUGCAUACUGAGUAGCUUCCAAACUAUCACGAUAAGCCCUAAAACCUCCAGGUGGAUGAAGCAUAAACACAGAGUCACCAAGUACAUCGGUCCCUCCUGCUCACUCAGCUGGCUUGUGCACCUGCUUCUAAACAUCUCCACACCAACAAGUGUAUCAGGUCUCAGUUACAAGAAAAAUGUGACAAACUGGGUGAGUUAUGGGUAUUGCUCAUGGAUUGCUUCCAGCAAUGUGACAUCCUUAGUAUAUAUGUUCUUUGUGUGCUUCACUGAUGGCCUAUGUCUUAUUCUCAUCACCUGCUCAAGUAUCUACAUGGUAAUCAUCCUUUACAGACAUAAGAGACAAGUCAAGCAUGUCCACAGUGCUCAGCACUUUCGGAAUGUCUCACCUGAGGACAGAGCCUCCCAAACUAUCCUCACCCUGGUGUGCACAUUUGUCAUCACUUACUCGGUAUCUUCCCUUCGGCUCGUUUUUGGGACCUCCUCCAAAGGUCCAAUAGUAUGGGGAGAAAUUAUAUUUUUGUUUCUAGAAAUAUGCUUUCCCAUAGUUUGUCCAUUUGUUCUCCUCACUAAUAUCAAGCCUAUUUCUAGGCCAUUUUUAGUUCACUGUGGUAAGCGAUAG